AUGCAGCCAAGAUUAAAGCGAAAAAAGUGGAAAAUCGAACCACCGGCGUGGGGCCCACCCCGCAGAAGUGAGGAAGGGCUUAGUUUUAGAGACAAGGAUCGCGUCCCGCUAAAGCUAAAGCCUGCUGUGAUCUCAAACGCUCAAAACACUAUUCACUCUCUCUCCGGUGAAGAAGGCCUUAACCUGCUUUUAGGAGGAGGAGGAGAUCCUAAUACUCUCCGAUCCAUGGCUGAUCCUGAACUAGAAGCUAUUAGACAAAGAAGGAUGCAAGAGCUAAUGGCUCAACAUGGCGCGGGGAAUCAACAGAACCCUGAUCAACAGACAGCUCAGGAAGAUGCCAAGAGGGAGGCAGAUGAACGAAGGCAAAUGAUGCUCAGUCAGAUUUUGUCCUCUGAAGCUCGUGAAAGAGUUGCUCGAAUUGCCUUGGUGAAACCUGAGAAGGCAAGGGGCGUUGAGGAUGUUCUACUAAGGGCUGCUCAAAUGGGUCAGAUAGUUGAGAAGGUUUCUGAAGAGAGGCUUAUAUCACUGCUGGAACAGAUAAACACCCAAACAACUAAACAGACUAAAGUCACAAUCCAGAGGCGACGGAGUGUUCUUGAUGAUGAUGAUUAGUUCAAAUGUGAAAACCUGGGCGUCACAAAUCUCUGAGUCACUGCCUUUUUAUGGUUGUAUAUUUAUGGAAUUCAUGGACCCACUUUUAGUGGGUUUUUCAUAUUUGAGACUGUAUUUCCUUUGCAAUGCUGUGUUGUGCUUUGUUGAGCAAUAAACCUGGUCGUGGGUUACAGUUUAAUGAGUUGUGUGAGAAUGGUUUGCAACUAGAGUAUA